AUGAGGCUACCAGAGCGGCAGUUUGUUAACUGUUGGCGAACUGGGCAACCAUUAGCGGUCAGUGGGGCUGCCGCCACUGGCGGUCAACAAGACCACUAUCGUUGGCAGCUAGGUGUGCCUCUUUGUCAUGAUGGAAACCAUGUUGUUACUUUGUUUAAGCAUUCUAGAGAUGGUUUCUCAUGGAUCUUAUCUAAUAUCUAUGCGCCUAACAACAAGGUCUCUAGAAGGAAAUUUUGGGCUAAACUUUCUUCCUUUCGGAGUAACCAUCCUAACAUCCCUUGGCUUGUUAUUGAAUAUUUUAAUACUCCCCUCCAGGAGGUUGAGAAUUUUGGAGGGUCUCAGAUACAGAUGGACAGUAAACAGGACCUGGCAGACUUCAUCAAUGAUCAAUGUCUUAUAGAUCUAGACUAUUUUGGAGCUUCCUACACUUGGACUAAUCGCAGGGUUGGGGAUGAGUUGAUACAAGUUAUAUUGGAUCAGGCCCUUAUCUCGAUGGAGUGGUUACAUCUAUAUUAUUGUUCUUUAAAUGUUAUGAUCAGAGUUGGUUUUGACCAUUUUCCUAUUAGCUUUGUGGCUGAAACCAAAGGUGGUAGGAGAAGAAAGUUCCCCUUUAGAUUUGAAAAGAUGUGGGUGUCUCAUCUGAGUUUUCUUAACUGUGUUACGGAGUGGUGGAAUGUUCAAUUUGAUGGUACUGCUCUGUUUCGCAUUGCUAAAAAACUUAGGAUUGUGAAGGAUAAGGUUAGAAAAUGGAACAAGGAGGCCUUUGAUGAUAUUUUCUUGCUGAAAGCUGCUCUUUAG